UACCUGCGUGUCAUUUGGAUUUGCUCUCUGCACGAACCAAUGCAUGGAGUAACGACUUGGAACAAACUUAGUCCAGACUGAGAAACAAUUUCCUCAUGUAUUUGGAAAACUCUGAGCAAAGCAAAGGAGAAGGGGGGGCGUCUACUGAAGCAAUGCUUGCUGAACAAUUCCAGGCCUCCAAAUUAACAGAAGCUGCAGAUUUAACAAGCCCUUCAAAGGAAAGCGCUGAUCAAGGCAUGAAGAUCUUCGUGGAAUACACUGAGCAGCGUGUCGACGGAGACGUGGACGCGUCUGUCCUUUGUGUGGAGCGCUGCGACAUGAACACAGAUGAGACUGAAUCCUGCACAUAUUGCAGUGGACGCGCUGAGAGCUUUGAGCAACUCUCAGCAAACGGAUUUUUUGAAUCCGACCAGACCCUCGAUGAGUGUGAGACCUCGGGGUUAAGCCAACCAUUUGACAAAUGUGCUAAACGCUGUGAGUGUUUUAAACCUUGCAAGUCCUCUGAGUACUGUGCUAAUCAUAGCUUAGCUUCCAAAUGUAGUCCUUGCUGCGAACAGUGUGCAGAACACCUCCAAUUAUUUCAACAAUGUAAGCCCUCUGAUCAUCAGCUGGAGUCUUCUGACUCGGAGCCAGACAAAUUGGAAGUGUACUGUGGCAGUUUCGGUCAGUGUGAAAUGUCUGAUUUGAUGCCUGAAUGCACAGACCGCCUCGAGUCGCUACAACAAUACGAGCCGUCACAUCAGCAGUGCGAGUGCUUUGACUCUGAGCCAGACACAUCAACAGAGGACUCUGAGCAAUGUGAAAUGUCUGUCGUCUCCGACUCAGGGGACUCGUUGGACGACGGUGCUGAUCUUUGUGAGUAUGACGAAAAUCAAAAUCAAACUGAAUCCGCAAAUGAUUAUGAUGACGAUGAGAGCUAUGAGGGCGACCAAAAUGAGCCCAGUGAUGAAGAGGCCCCUAGAUUGCCAGAAGACAGCGAGGACGCCUCCUUUGCAGGAGAUUUCUGUGAGACACACGUGUACGCCGAAGAAAACUCUCAGCAAGCUAGUACAUCAGACAUGUCUGCAGAUCCCAGCGAGUUAUGUGGAAAUGAUAACUCUGAAACAAGCCAAGAGUACGAACCCACUCAUCAAUCAGGGCGCAGCUAUGAGAACAGCCUCUGCUCGGAGGAAGACGGUUCCUCAGAUUGCUCCUCUGUGGAAACCAAAUCCUUCAAGACUUGUCCAGAUGGCAGCAUUCCGUCUGAUCCCUGCUCCGAUUCAUCUGGAGAAUCUGAAAAAGGAGCUCAGGAAGAUUCAAGCGAUGAGCAGACGCAGUGGGAGUCUUUCGAAGAAGAUGAAGAAACACAGCAAAGUAGCAUUAACGGAAGUAAUGAGGACAAACAGAAGAAACCCUCCGCUGAUAUUGUUAUCGAGGAUUACUUUGAUUUGUUUGACAAAGCCGACUACCACGGACACAUGUUCGGGCAGAAGCAGCGUUACAUCUCCUGCUUCGACGGGGGCGAUAUCCACGACCACCUGUAUCUCGAAGAAGAGGCGCAGAAGCGUAGAACCAAAAAUGUGUACAAAUUUGAAGAAGUAAACGAGGAAAUGAACGUACCGGAAACCGAAGUGUGUUCUGGGGAUGUGCAGGAGGACAGCGGCGAAGAACACACGGGCCAGAGAGACGAGGACUGGAUCGGACAGUCGGAAUCGAGUUUCACAGGAGAUGAAGAUGAAGAAGAUGAAUCGGAGAACCAAGCGGUUUACACGGAGAACAGUGAUGAAGCAGAGGACGAUGAAGCCCCUUUUGAUGAAGAACCUUGUGCAUCAGAUGUUCCUGAAGUCUGCGAUGAAGAAGACGAGGUCUGCCCGUCCACUGCCAACGAGGAGAGCAUGUGUGCACCAUGUGCCAAGGAAAUCUGUGUUGAAGGUGAUGCUUAUGAAGACGAGGUCUGCGAUGCUCAAGAGAAGUGUGAAACUCCCGUUGAUGUCGCCCGUACAAGUGAUGAGACUGAGUUAGCCGAUGACAAAGAUGAGCCCGAGCCUGAAGACAAAGUAUUCAUCGCAUGUUCAGAGGUGGAGCCGUAUUGGUCCCUAAUAGAUAACGAAGAAAUUGGAGAGUUUUGCGAGGCGGAUGUUGAGGACUACUACACGUAUCAGAUUAAAAGCAUUCAGUCAUCUGUUAAACAAGCCUUGAAUGGAUUUAUUGUGGGGGAAAGAUCAUACGAUGCGUCGAGAAAAGACGCUCUUUCAUCUCUGGAAGAAGUCCAGGCCAGCCCAGAGGAGCGCAAAUCAGCCACAUUUCAAAUCACCCAAGUUACUGAACUGAACCGCACCGUUGCGGAAAAAACAUCUGACGAGGACUGUGUGUUGAAUGAGAGUUCAAGACAACCGAGACCCCCUUCAGAUAUUAUUCACAGCGUUGUCUCGCAACACGCCAAAAUCGAGGGAGGGGACAAAAGGACUGAGGAUAACAAGGCCUCCGAACAAAGCAGGGAUUCAGAAGAGGAGAGUGACGAUGAAUCCUGUGAGCCUUGUGAAUGCGAGUACUGCAUUCCGCCGACAGAGCAGGUCCCAGCAAAGCCGCUGCUCCCACAGAUGAAAUCGAAUGAUGCAGGGAAGAUCUGUGUGGUCAUUGAUUUGGAUGAAACGCUAGUGCAUAGUUCAUUUAAGCCGGUGAACAAUGCAGAUUUUAUCAUUCCAGUGGAAAUUGAUGGAACAGUUCACCAGGUGUACGUGUUGAAGAGACCCCACGUUGACGAAUUCCUCAAGAGGAUGGGAGAGUUGUUUGAGUGCGUUUUGUUCACCGCGAGCUUAUCCAAGUACGCGGAUCCUGUGUCCGACCUGCUGGACAAGUGGGGGGCCUUCCGGAGCCGGCUCUUUCGGGAGUCGUGUGUCUUUCACAAAGGGAACUACGUAAAAGACCUGAGCCGCUUAGGAAGAGACCUGAACAAGGUCAUCAUCAUAGACAACUCCCCGGCCUCCUACAUCUUCCACCCUGACAACGCAGUUCCUGUAGCGUCCUGGUUUGACGACAUGUCCGACACCGAGCUCCUCGAUCUUAUCCCCUUCUUUGAGAGACUAAGCAAAGUGGACGACGUCUAUGAUAUUCUCAAGCAGCAGAGGACUUCAAGUUAACAGAGGCAGGAUAGUAGGACGAAAACAAUCACCAGCGGCUGUCGUCUCGGGGCCACGGAAGCUGGUGGGCCAACGGCUCCACACUGCUUCCCACUACAAGGACCACACUGCGAAAAAUCACCUGCCAUUUAAUCUCAUAUUCUUUUAGUACGUUGGAUAUAAAAAAAAAAAAGUAAAAGCAGCUGGGCUAGGUGUGACUGCGUUGACAGCUACCUAACCCAUCCAUGUGUGUCGUAAUGCCCGGACUUAAUAUGAGAUUAAAUGACGUCUGUAGAUAUCUUUUGCAGUGCAGCUAGUGUGUUGUUGUUGUUGUCGUUAUGUGACAGCAGUGACCUUUGUAAGUGUGCUGUAAAGCUAGAUUGUGUGAACAGUUGCUCAGUGCCAUUCUACAUAUAAACCACCACCAGCCGUUUUAACGUCAGUACAAUGUAGCAUUUCUAAUAAGAUUUGACGCUUUCGCACAGAACGUAACGAGAAUCCCGUUAACUUCAGACAGGUGACAAUCAUUAACUCUGGAGAUUUUAGGUUUAGUGAUUUUUUUUUUUAAAUGCACAUUUCGACAUGUUCCAAACACUGUGCACUUACUGUAUGUCUUUGGAAAGCUUUGAACAAAAUCUACCAUUUACUGUAGCAUUUGGAUUUAGGAUCCAAAGUGUGAAACCAGAAUCCAGGAAUGAACCGUCACUGAACGUAGUGUUUAUUCUCUACAUUCGAGGUGACGACUAAAUUCAAUCUAAUCUAAUGAUGAGUGUGUAAUAACCAUUUUAGAAGCUGUUCGGCCCUUUCCAGUCACGAACGCGUAACUCUUGGCUUCAUAGUUGCAUACCAAUAAUUUUAAAACAAAACCUGGAUCUGUUAUUGUAUAAUUCUGGAUUAAGAUUAUUGGACCUUUCUCUCACACACACACACUUACCACUGCAGCAAUGGUAAGAUUAAUCUUGUAAAUAGAGUAUAUCAGGAUUUUAGGCAAUCGUUUUGAUUUGGUUUUAAUGUUAUUUUAUCUAAUGUUAUUUUGUGUAGUCGUAUCAGCCACCACGGCGUGCAGUGCAUCAAUAAUGCAAUCCUGUUUAAUGCGUGCGGGAGGAAGGUCGCGACCUGCUUCGGCAUCUUAAAUACGUUUUGAUUUGAAAGCACACUUUGAUGCCUCCUGUCGGCAAACUUGAAUCCGAGCUGUUUCGUUUAAGUGGAGUCAAGUGCACUGCCUUAUUGAUCUGUAUGUUCAGUUUCUUCGGGGGGACGGCGUAGGAACUCGUGCCGGAUGCGCUCUAGUCCCGGUCUGGAGCGAGUGUGUGUGUGUGUUUGAAUGUGUGGGUUUCAGUGUGACUGCGCCAGUGUGAGUAUUUCUAUCAGUUUCAGUUUAAAACAAAAGAUACGUGAACAACUAUAAUCUGUCUUGGAAUAAUGAUUUAACUUUUUUUUUUUUUUUACUGUAUGCAUCAAGAGUAUUAACAUUGUGACUUAAACUGGUUCAAACAAGUGAGUUUUUAAAUUGCUGCUGAUAAAUGUUGAGACUGAAAAAAAGCAAAAAAAACAACAACAACAACUAGAGAUAUUUCUACCGUGCAUCAAUAAAGCAUGUUUUAUUGAAA